AACAAAAACUUAUUAGCUAUUUUCAUACUCUAACGUAAAAGUACUAAUGUUUUCUGCUUCCCGUUCUGACACCCUUUUUUUGGGCGCAGAGAGGAUCAGUGGUGAUGAUAUUCGUAACCAGAAUGUAUUGGCAGCUCAAUCAGUGGCAAACGUUGUGAAAUCAUCGUUAGGACCUGUAGGUUUGGACAAGAUGCUUGUUGAUGACAUUGGUGAUGUUACUGUUACAAACGAUGGUGCUACCAUCCUUUCAUUGCUUGAUGUGCAACACCCUGCUGGUAAGAUUUUGGUUGAAUUGGCUCAACAACAAGACAGAGAAGUUGGUGAUGGUACUACAUCCGUGGUGAUCAUUGCUGCUGAGCUCUUAAAAAGAGCUAAUGAACUUGUCAAGAAUAAAAUUCAUCCAACUACCAUCAUUACCGGUUACCGUUUGGCUUUACGUGAAGCUAUCAGAUAUAUCAAUGAGGUUUUAUCUCAAUCAGUUGAAAGUAGUGUUCUCGGUAAGGAAUGUAUGAUUAACAUCGCCAAGACUUCCAUGUCUUCUAAAAUCAUUGGAUCUGAUCUGAGAUUCUUUUCUGAAAUGGUUGUUAAUGCUAUCCUUGCUGUGAAAACAACAAACACAAAGGGUGAAACUAAAUAUCCUGUUAAGGCAGUUAAUAUUCUUAAGGCUCAUGGUAAGUCCUCUUUGGAAUCUAUGCUUGUUGAUGGUUAUGCUCUUAACUGUACCGUUGCCUCUCAAGCUAUGGUCAAAUCUAUUCCAAACGCUCGUAUUGCAUGUCUUGAUAUCAACUUGCAAAAGGCUAGAAUGGCCAUGGGUGUUCAAGUUAAUAUUGAUGAUCCAGAUCAACUUGAAGAAAUCCGUGCUCGUGAAUACGGUAUUGUCCUUGAAAGAAUCCGUAAGAUUCUUGCCUCUGGUGCCAAUGUUAUAUUAACUACUAAGGGUAUCGAUGACUUGUGUUUGAAGGAGUUUGUUGAGGCUGGUGCCAUUGCUGUCAGACGUUGUAAGAAGGAAGAUUUAAGAAGAAUUGCUAGAGCAACUGGAGCUACUCUUAUUGGAAGUAUGUCUAAUUUGGAAGGUGAGGAAACUUUUGAAUCCUCCUACUUGGGACAUGCUGAAGAAGUAUGUCAAACCAGAAUUAGUGAUGAUGAAUGUAUUUUAGUUAAGGGUACUAAGCAACAUUCAUCUUCCUCUAUUAUCUUGAGAGGUCCAAAUGAUUAUUCUUUGGAUGAAAUGGAACGUUCUUUACAUGAUUCCUUGUCUGUUGUCAAGAGAACUUUGGAAUCCGGUAAUGUUGUCCCUGGAGGAGGUGCAGUUGAAACUGCUCUUAACAUCUAUUUGGAAAACUUCGCUACAACUGUCGGGUCUCGUGAACAACUUGCCAUUGCUGAAUUUGCUAAUGCCUUGUUGGUUAUUCCAAAGACUUUAGCUGUUAAUGCUGCCAAGGAUUCUUCCGACUUAGUUUCUAAAUUGAGAACUUAUCAUGCUGCCCUGCAAUCAGCCCUUCCAACCGACUUGAAGAGAAGAAAAUACAAAUACUAUGGUUUGGACUUGAUUAAGGGAAAGAUUGUGGACUCUAUAGAUAACGGUGUUUUGGAACCAACUAUUUCAAAGAUUAAAUCUUUGAAGUCUGCAUUGGAAGCUUGUAUUGCCAUUUUGAGAAUUGAUACUAUGAUCUCAGUUGAUCCAGAACCUCCUAAGGAAGAUCCACAUCAACACUAG